AAAGGUGGGAAACCCUCAAGUGGCUGACUUCCUGACACUCCUGAAUCUUUUUCAGGCUUUCUCCCGUCUCAUCUUGAUUCUGCGGGCCCUGCAUGUGAACAAUGACCGUGCAAAGGUGAUCCUAAAGCCAGAUAAAACUACUAUUACAGAACCCCACCACAUCUGGCCUACCCUGACUGAUGAGGAGUGGAUCAAGGUGGAGGUGCAGCUCAAGGAUCUUAUUUUGGCUGACUACGGCAAGAAAAACAAUGUGAAUGUGGCAUCACUGACACAGUCAGAAAUUCGAGAUAUCAUCUUGGGUAUGGAGAUCUCAGCUCCAUCACAGCAGCGGCAGCAGAUAGCAGAGAUUGAGAAGCAGACCAAAGAACAGUCACAGCUGACUGCAACCCAAACUCGCACUGUCAACAAACAUGGUGACGAGAUCAUCACCUCUACCACCAGCAACUAUGAGACUCAGACCUUCUCAUCUAAGACUGAAUGGAGGGUCAGGGCCAUCUCUGCUGCCAACCUGCACCUACGGACCAAUCACAUUUAUGUUUCCUCUGAUGACAUCAAGGAGACUGGCUAUACUUAUAUCCUUCCAAAGAAUGUGCUUAAGAAGUUCAUCUGCAUAUCUGACCUUCGUGCCCAAGUGAGUGAGUCUGUUUAAUUGGGCCAUAAUUGCACCCAUAUGUCAUGUGCCUACCUAGAAUUCACCUGGUAAUUCCAGGAACAUGAGAUACUGAAGAUUCAUGGAUGAAUAACUAUAAAAAAGGAUUGCCAGGGCUGGGAAUGUGGCUUACACAGAAA